AUGGAGCACGGCCAGCCAGCACCUCAGCAGCCGGCAUUGGAGCCCUGCCACGGCCAGCCAGCACCUCUGCGGCCGGCAAUGGUGCCCGGGCAUGACGCGCCAGCACCUCAGCAGCCGGUAAAGGAGCAGCCGGCAGUGGCGUCCGGGCAGCAGCCGUGGGAGUACAGCCUGCGGAAGUACCUGCUGCUGCUGGCCACCCUGGUGGCCACCGUGACAUACGACGCGGGCUUCAACCCGCCGGGGGGCGUAUGGCAGGAGGGCGCCCGCGACGACGCCAGCCAAGGUCAACGACUCGCCGGCGACCCCGUCAUCCGCGACACCCACUAUGGUCGGUACCUCGCCUUCUUCUACUGCAAUGCCACCGCGUUCGCCGCGUCGCUUGUGGUCAUCGUCCUCAUCCUCAUCCUCGCUGUCCGGCACGACAAGGUGAAGGAGAAGAAGGGCAUCACCUGGGUCGUCUCCGACGUCGUGCUGCUGCGGAUUUUCAUGUUGCUCGACCUGCUCAGCCUCAUGGGCGCCUACGCCGCCGGCACCUGCCGGGACAAGGUCUCCACUGUUUACUCCGUGCUGCUGGUUGCCGUCGUCUUCCUCUACAUCGUGAUUACCAAGUUGCUGGACUGGUGGUUUCCACACAAAACCUCCAACUCCAGCUCCGGAGGGGCGAUGUCUGGCGGCCCCAUCGGCGUCCCCGACCCUGACUCCGGCAGCGUGCCCAAGAUCGAAGAAAAGAAGGACCAGAAAGCCCAAGAACGGCUCCGCAAGGUCGUGAUGCUUCUCGCGACGUUCGCGGUGAGCAUCACCUACGUGGCCGGGCUGAGCACGCCGGGUGGCUUCUGGGACAGCACCGGGGGCAGCCACCGGCCAGGUGACGCCAUCCUCAAGGAGCACCACAGCCUGCGCCUGACGGUGUUCCUGCUCUGCAACACCACGGCGUUUGUGGCGUCCCUGUUCAUCAUCAUGCUGCUCAUCAUCAACGUCAAAAAGCUGCACAAGAAGACAGCCCGGUCUCUUCAGCUUGCCCUCUACCUGUGCAUUGUCGUCGCGUUGGUCGGCCUCGUCGUCGCAUACGCCGCCGGCAGCUGCAGGCACACCGACACCACUGUCUACGUACUCAGCCUGGUUGGCGCCGUUGUGGCAUUCAUCAUACUCCUCUUUCUCCAUGCUUACUUCACUUCAACGUCAAAACCCUUGCCUUCCCCUUCCAGGCCAGCGCAACAAACUGAUGAAAAUCAAAAUCAGGAGACUGAUGAUAAUGUCAGUGCUAGGGAGGCUCUGGACAAGGCUCGCUCUCUUGUUCUACUGCUCGCCACUCUUGCCGCCACCAUCACCUACACGGCAGGGUUGAACCCGCCGGGUGGCCUUUGGCAGGAUAACGGCGACGGGCACAUGGCUGGCGACCCGAUCCUUCUCACGACGGACGCUAGGCGGUACAGGAUAUUCUUCUAUUGCAACUCGGUUGCCUUCGUGGCCUCCUUGGUGGCCAUCGUCCUGGUCCAGAAUGAACGUCUGGUCAGGCACCACGUGCUGGAGGCGGCCAUGAUACUCGACCUGUUUGGCCUCAUCGGCGCGUAUGCCGCGGGAAGCUGCCGGGACGUGAACCACUCCAUCUACGCCAUGGCCUUGGCAGGCGCCGUCCUGGUCUAUGUGGUGAUCCAUGUCAUCUUCCUCACGCUGGACCACAAGGAAGAGAAAGACGAUGCCAAAGAUCGUUUGUUGGAGAAGAGGCGCAAACGAUUACUCCUCUUCGCGAUCUUGGCCGCGACCAUCACCUACCAAGCUGGCCUCACCCCUCCAGGCGGCUUCCUGCUCCAGGAUGACGAGCUCGGGCACCAUGCUGGCGACCCGGUCCUCCUGUACAACUACCCGCGCCGCUACAAUGCAUUCUUUUACUGCAACUCGGUGAGCUUCAUGUUGUCCAUCUCCCUCAUCCUCCUCCUGGUGAAUCCCAACCUGUACAGGCCAGCCAUACGAAGCAACGCACUGUCUGUUUGUACAGCGGUGGGCUUGUUUUGUUUGAUGGGGGCAUAUGCCGCCGGAAGCACACAACACCUCAAGACAUCCAUCUACAUCUUCAUAUUGGUGGCCGUGGUCCUCUUCAUUGCAGCCGGGGUGCUUCUAGUAUUUUUGAUGAGGGAGGUCAGGAGAAAUGACGAAGAACAAAAGAAGAAGGCGGAAGCUGCGUCACCCGUAGUCCUAGAGCAAGACGAAGAACAAAAGAAGAAGGCGGAAGAAGAAAGGAAAAAGCACGCGAGGCGCAAGUACCUGAUGCUGCUAGGCAUCUUGGUGGCGAGCGUAGCCUACCAGGCCGGCCUGGAACCGCCAGGUGGAGCGUGGCAGAGCAGCGGCAACGGGUACGAGGCGGGUGACCCGGUGAUGCACGACAACAGGAGGCCCCGGUACCUUGCCUUCUUCUACAGCAACUCGGUUUCCUUCGUGGCUUCCAUUGUUGUCAUCAUCAUGCUGCUACCGCACUGGCUGCCAAACAACAAGGGAGAAGAAUGGGAGGAAAGGUCGCUCAGGGUGAUGAACUGGACGAUCAUACUUGACUUGGUGGCUCUCCUAGGGUCCUAUGCAGCCGGCUCCAACAGGGGGUGGAAGACGUCUGUGUAUGUCUUCACGCUCAUCGGUGCCGUGCUGGGCUACUUUGCAAUCCAUAUGACACUGUCAUCCUGGUUUGAUCGUCGCCGGUGCCGGAAGAUUAUACUUUGCAACUGCUUCCGAUAUCCAGCAUGAUUCAACAUCAUUUUCUUCUGUAGUUGUGGCUCUUGUAAUGUCAGGACAGUCCACAAAGUUGUCCAAGAUUCAGGGCAAUGGAUCGGCUAUCUAUCAGUAACUGUCUCUAGGUCUCUAAUCAGCUUGGCUCUGUCCAAUCUCUACCCUUGCUCUAGGCUCUAGCUAGCUUCCCCUCUUUUCAGAUUCCUAGUGUAGUUGAUAUAAUUAGAUUAAUGUGCAUCCCAGUUGGAGCAUGCUGACAUUGUUUUUGGACUCACUGGGUGGUGUUUGUAAUGUAUGUAUCUUAAUAAAUUGA